AUGAGAGGAUGGAAGCAAUGUUUUAUGAAGGCAGUUAGAAAGGAAGCUAUCGAUCAUCACGAUUCAACUGGAAACAAUUGUAUUUUUGAAAGGUCUAAGAGUUUUUCUACUCCUAACACGAGGAGAUACAGUACUUCUGAAGAUACUCGUUGGCUUUGGGAAGUGAGUGAUGUAAUCAAGCAAUAUAAUGAAGGGAACAAGCACGGUACACGGACAGGGGGUCUGGAAUAUACCUUCAGCUCUGUCCAACCUUUAGAGCCCGAACACUUCUACCAGGCGUUUGAAUUGUUCAUGCAAAAAGCGCCAAACAUGAGAACUGUUGUUCGAAAAAGAGCCGAUGAUUCCUUCUGGUACUGUCAGCUGCCUAAUUAUAAAAUAGAUUUCCAGGUUCUGUCUAACGAAGAUACUUUCGCAGACGAUUGCUCUGCUGUGCUUGACAAGGGGUUCCAAGAGACGGACUCUUUGCCAUGGAAAGCGAGAGUUAUAAGAAAGGAAACAACUGCACACUCUCCUAUCCUUGGAAUUAGUAAGACUCACACCUAUCAGUGUAGACUCAACAUGAUGUUCAACCAUGCAGUAACCGACGGUACUGACAUGCGUUUUUUUAAUUCUUGCCUGCUUCAGAGCCUGAACUGCAUUCUCGGUGGAGUCUCUCCGGAUGAAACUGAAUUGGGUGUCUUUGAAAACAACAAAGACUUUGAGAAACUACUGCAAGAAAGAGAAAGGAAGUUAUUAGAGGACCCUACUAAGAUCAGUUCGAUCAGACGUUCUCUGCCAGUGCUUGUGAGGAACCAACUGUAGUACAAGCAUUUCCCCGACCAGAUGUUUCUCAUCCAACCACGAGCUACAUCAGGCGUUCCGUUGACCUUUCAGUAAUGAAAGGAUUGUUAUCUAAAUGUGCUCAAAAGGGGGUAACAUUUAACUCCUUCUCAAUGGGAGUUAUCAAUGUAGCCUUAGCUGAACUGAUGCGGGAAGGGAGCUUGCAAAGAGACACUUUUGAAUUAUACAUUCUUCUCUUCGUCACUUGUCGACGAUACAGGUCAGCAAAGAAACACUUGAUGGGCAACUACACAACUUCUUUAACUUACAAAUCCGAAAUCCCCCGGAAUCCCAGAUAUUCCUUUUGGGAAUACUGCAAGAAAAUAGACUGUGAACUUCACUCCCACUAUGGGGAGGAAGGAAUGCUCUUAGACCAAAUUGUAGUACAAAAAAUGAUGGAUGCUGAGCACGGCCCCUUCAACUACACAGACAAACCAAGGCCAGUCGCUCACGAUUAUACUCAGAAUUAUAUGGCCGACAUCACGAAAGGAUUUGCCAUAGAAGGAAAGUACGUGCAGGUUAUGGAUGUGAUCCCAUACCAGAGAAUCCAUAACUUUAGGAAUGCUCUGAUUCAGGAAAUUUAUACCUUCAAAGACAAAACCAGUUACAACUUCUGUUACGCUGAUAACUACUUCAGCAGCGAAACCGUCAGUCUGAUUGCUGAUAGAAUUUUCCAUCUCUUUGAAGUUGUAGGAAGGUAAUCAGUACUGACUUAUGAGUCCUGAGUAAUUCGAUGAAUUUUGAGGUAUUGCUAUGGAAGAAAUUUAAAACAUCCUAAUUUAGUGAUUCCAUAAAUUAUAUUUAGUGCAAAAUCAUAUUUUGAAGAGGUCACACUUAACCACAUCUUUAUGAAGAACUUCAGCUGAUGUAUGAAAAAUCGAUGCAUAAUCAUUUCUAUUUUCCUUCAUUCAACAAAGCUUCAUAUAUCUUCA